AUGGCUGUUGCAGCAGGCUCUUUAAUUAGUUUCCUAGUCGUUUCAGGCGUCAUGCUACUCUGGAGCCCCAGCCUGUGUGCCGGAGUUCCUCAGGGGCUCGCGGAUCACAGUGUCGUGAUCCCAGCCGACGGCCUUGCCGCCGACGCGCGUUACGAUUUCUGGCUACAGGCUAAUCAGACGUUUCAGAUUAUUGACCGAACGGCCGACUUUAGUGCAAUGGUCGAGCCCCCGACUUUCUCCACUGAAGCGUAUGCCUAUAACAACCCCAACUGUGACCUUGGGCGUAAGAUCAGUUACAAACAAGAGUUUGCGUUCGCGAGCCCCGACCACAUUUUCUGGAGAAGAGACAUCGAACGAGACGAGCUGGAUGGCAGAAAGUACACUUUCACCACUCCGCCCGAUGAUGGUCUGGAAGAUCGCGUCGUCGAGUUCUGUCUCGUUGUCAGCGGGCCGGGAACGCAUGCAGACGGCGACGACCCCAACAUCGUGUUCAGACGCCGACUCCAAGAUCAAGAGUUCUUCACAGCCAGCGAACAUACACUCACGCUUGUGAUCCACGCGGGUGCAAGGCCCCAGCUCACAGGGAUCCUCUCGGGCGCCUUUGGGGGGGUCGCGCUUUCCCUUCUGUCUAAUGUGUAA